UGCGCACGUAGGCCGCAACGCGAGAAAGCGGAGAACGCACGCGCAGUACAAAGAAAGGGGCGGAAAAUCGUCUGAUUAAUCAAACAAACAAAAAAUUUAACCGAGGCCACGCAGGCUAAAAAAGAACCUUUUUUUUUGGUUGGCAUGCAGAAGGGGAAAAGAAGAGAGAGCAAGCGCAUGCGCCCUUACGACGGCGCCUGCCUCUCGCCGCUCUCCCUCCUCAACGGGCUUGUUAUGCCACCGCGCCUGCGCAGCAGCCGCCCCCGCGAGACUGCGCUUGCGCGUUAGCGGUUGUAGAGCUGCUGUGGUAGCGGCGGUGGGAGUACUGUUUCACGGCGCAGGCGCGGGAGCGCGGGGCUUGGACUGCAGGGGUGUAGGCCCUCCGCUGAGGGGAGUUGAGAGUCGGGAGGAGGAAGACAGAGAGAGAGAGAAAAAGAGCGUGCGAGAGUACCGCGCAGGCGCAGUCCCGCCAGAGCGCCUUUCGUCCGAUUAACUCCUCUUCUCCCCCCUCCCUCCUCCCCCCUCUGCCCCCCUCAUCCGCGGAGCGCGCGCGCCAUGGACGUGAAGCGGCUGAAGGUGACGGAGCUGCGGGCCGAGCUCGGGCGGCGAGGCCUGGAUUCGCGCGGCUUGAAACUGGAGCUGGCCCAGCGGCUCCAGGAGGCCUUGGACGCCGAGAUGUUGGCCGCCGGGCCUGAGGAGGCCGGGACGGAGCCGGGAGCUGCGGCGGCGGCCGCCGGGCAGAGUCUCAGCAGGGCCCGCUUGGGAGGCGGCGGCGGCGGCGAAAACAACGAGGAGGACGAGGACGAAGAAGAAGAGGAGGAGGAGGAGGAGGACGAGGAAGCGCUGCUGGCCGACGAGGAGGAGCAGCAGCGAGAGGCGGCGGCUGCAGGCGGCAGCCAGGCCCAGCAGCCUCAGCAGGCCGGCGAGCAAGGCGAAGGCCAGGCCCAGCAGCCUCAGCCAGGCGGCGGAGUCAACGGCGCUCAGCGGCCUUCGGAGGAGGAAGGAGGCGGCGGCGGCGAGGAAGCGGCUGGCGGCGCUGAGGCCAAGCAGGGCGGCGAGCAGGAGGCAAAUGAAGAUGAUGAGAAAGCAAAGCAGGCUGGGCCAGAUGGAGAACGCCACGGACUGAAAAGACAACGGGAUGAGAAGGAAGAGCACGGCCGUGCUUAUUACGAGUUCCGAGAGGAAGCACACAAUAGCCGAUCCAAGUCUCCACCGCCACCAGAAGAGGAGCCUAGAGAAGAGGAUGAUGAAAAUACCGUAAUCCUGGACACAUAUACGUCUGAUCUCCACUUCAGAGCCACCAAGGACCGCUAUGGAGGGCAGCCUCUGUUCUCUGAGAAGUUCCCCAAUCUCUGGUCAGGGGCCAGAAGCACACACGGAGUGAAACAAGGGAAGGUCUGCUUUGAAGCAAAGGUAGUACAAAACCUCCCACUGAAGGAAGGCUCCACAGAGAACCAGCUGCUUCGUGUUGGAUGGUCUGUGGAUCUCUCUCGUUCACAGCUAGGUGAGGAUGAGUUUUCUUAUGGCUACGAUGGACGAGGGUUGAAGGCUGAAAAUGGGCAAUUCGAAGAAUUUGGUCAGCCCUUUGGGGAGAAUGAUGUGAUCGGUUGCUUUGCUAACUUUGAAAGUGAAGAGGUGGAGCUGUCCUUCUCCAAGAAUGGGGAGGACCUGGGUGUGGCCUUCCAGAUCAGCAAGGAAUUGCUUGGCGACAGAGCUUUGCUGCCACACGUGCUGUGCAAAAACUGUGUUGUGGAGCUGAACUUUGGCCAGAAGGAAGAACCUUUUUUCCCAGUUCCGGAGGACUUUGUGUUCAUUUAUGCUGUCCCCGUUGAGGAUCGAGUACGCACUCCCCUGCCGCCGAAAACCCCUGGGGAGUGUGAGGUGCUCCUUAUGGUCGGGCUGCCAGGAUGCGGGAAAACCCACUGGGCACAAAAGCACACCCAGGAGAAUCAAGAUAAGCGCUACAACAUCUUGGGGACAGACACUGUUCUCUACCAAAUGAAGACAAAGGGCACUGAAGUUGAAGAGGUACUGGACACUGCAGCUCGAGAUCAGCUGCUUCAGCAAGCUGCCCGUUGUGUUAGCAAGCUGGUCCAGAUUGCACCCAGGACCAAGAGAAACUUUAUUCUUGAUCAGUGUAACGUGUACAAUUCUGGCCAACGGCGGAAGCUGCUCCCUUUCAAGGGGUUCAUGCGCAAGGUGAUCGUGUUGGUCCCCGCUGAAGAAGACUGGGAGGAUAGGCUGGAGCAGCGGGAGGAAGCUGAAGGGGAAGAGGUGCCUGAGUCAGUGAUGCUGGAAAUGAAAGCCAACUUCUCUCUUCCGGAGAAGUGUGAUUUCAUAGAUGAAGUCCUGUACCAAGAGCUUGCAAAGGAGGAGGCCCAGCCCAUCGUCACCAAAUACAAGGAAGAGGCCAGGAAACUGCUCCCACCCUCUGAGAAGCGGACGAACCGGCGUAACAACCGCAACAAGCGCAACCGCCAGAACCGCAACCGCGGCCAGGGAUAUGCUCAGCCCAGGCAUCCAAGUAUGCAGCACCCUCCCGGGCUGCUGUUUGGUGGCCAGCGCCGAGGAGGCUACAACAAUCGGGCUUAUGGACAGCAGCAGCAGCAGCAGCAAUACUGGGGACAGCCUGGAAACAGAGGGGGUUAUCGUAACUUCUACGACAGAUACAGGGGAGACUACAACCGGUUCUAUGGCCGUGAUUAUGAAUACAACAGAUACAGAGACUACUACAGGGACUACAAUCGAGAGUGGCAGAACUACUACCAAGACAGAGACCGAUACUACAGGAACUACUAUGGAGGAGGAGGAGGAGGAGGAGGAGGAGGAGGAGGAUAUCAGGGGUACCGGUGAAACCCCACCAUCUUCACCCUUCAGCCAAGCAGCAAGGCUCUAUUGGGGGGGGCUGUCCAUCACUUCCCAAGACACAACAUAACUGAAGAGGAGGCUGUUGGGGAGAGUGGCAGCAGGGUUGAGGGGGUGGGAGGGGAAGUGGUUAAAAAAAAAAGAAAUUGUAAAUUUUUUUUAAAGUUUGUUGAAAAGAAUAUUGUCUUAUUCUAUAAAAAAAGGAAAAAAACAUUUCAAACCUAGUUUAGACAUUUGUAAUCAAAAUUGUUUGCGCAAAAGAGGAGAGCAGCACUUAGCGCUGCCUAUGAUUGGGCAGGAAAAUGUGACAUCAUAGAGCAGCUGGCCUGGCAGCUGGAUGGGAAGGGAGGGGCAGGGCUUGCAAGGUGAGGGGGAGGCACAAAUGAGGGCAUGCAGGGAUAAAUGGAUGGCUAUUGGAGGGGAGGGUGGCAGGGAUACAUCUUUUGGCUUCUCCUAACUCAUGCAGCAAACAACACUUCCUUAGCGUCGUCAUUCACCACUCUGCUUUUUCCAGGGCAGGGGGGAGGGCCUUCACGGUGUUCCUUUGUCCCUCCCUUUCAGAGUUUGGCCGAUAUUUUCAGACAGUGAAUUGCCAGGAGGCCUGUUUUGACCUUGUGUAUCCCAGGCCAGAGGCUUCUUUGGAGCUGCUUCCCAUUUUCUCCAGGCAUCUCACCUCAAAAUCUUAGUAAAAUGUUUGCAAAACAUCUGAUGGAAGAAAGUGCUGGAACUUGAAUUUACCAAGUUCACCAGUUCUUCCCUGGCCAAAGCAGACUUGCCUCAGGUGCCCUUCCUGCACCCUCCUUCCUUUCUGCGCAAGGCUUCGUUGGCCCUCCUUUGUCGUCUCUAUAUAGUCUCUGUCCUCUUUUUUCUUUUUCUUUUCCCCCCCUUAAGUGGAGUGGAAGGAUCAUUCUCAGGGUUUCCGCAGGAUCUUCUCAUUUUUAGCACCUAAAAUGUGUAUAUAAGCAAAACUGUGCAAGCAUGUAACUGUCACCUUUUGAGGAGCUUAGUGCUGCAAAUACCAACUGCUUUUAUACAGUCAGUGCAGAGUGGGGGUGGGGCACAAAUCAUUCUGUCCUUGUGGUUUUGAUAAACUGGUAGCCUCUGUGUAUAUAGGAACAUUGGGAGGAGAGGGUCUGUGCUUGUGGGGUGGGAGGGGCAAGAGAUGUGUGCGCAUGUCCCUUAACUUGGAAAAAAAAAUGUUGGCUUCUUGAUCCUGGCCCUUCAGUGAAGCUUGAUUAUUUUCAGAUCCUAGAGGCUUCUGUUGAAAUGCUUCCUCUGUGGGGUUUUUUAAACUGGUGUGCCUAGCUAAAAUGCUUCCCCCAGCUAUACUUUUUAAGCAUCUUUUUCAGAGUUUGUCCAGCUGUGCAGAUGGAAGAAAAUUUUAUCCUGUGCAGGUUUAGUGGCUGGUGUUCUUUUUGGGGGGCGGGAGAUUUGUGUGUAUUUCAGGCAGAUCCGUUCCCCAUCCUACUAAACAGUAAUUUUGCUUCCUCCUAAGCUUUCUUCCAGAGAAACGGGGCUUUCUUACAACAGGAUGCUCUUCCUCCUUAAGACAUGAAUUGCAUAAUUUCCCCCUAAAUUUCUUGGUCCCACCUGUCUCUGGCUUAACUAAAUUAUGUCUGAUUCGCAGACACAGGGAUUGAAAAUUUGCCUAUCUUCCUUGUGAUUCACUGUUUGAAAUUCAAACUUUUAAUUUUUUUUCUUUUUUUAAAACGAGUUUAAUUUUUUAAAAGGAUACACAAAAAUGGUCUUGUCAGCCUUUGCAAGCAGCUCUCGUCUCCAUCCCCAUAAAGAAUACUCAUUCCUGCAUCCCAGCCAGACAAAAAAGAGUUUUUUGGGGGGCAGCCUACCAAGUCAUUAGAAAAAGAGGCUGAUGUGGGUGGGGGAGCAUGGAGGGGGAGGGCAGCAGCUAUCUCCUAGCUCUCUUGCCCUUUUUUCAAAACAUAGGAGUUAGAGAGAAGCAGGAUUCUUCUAUCUCCGUGCAUGUGUGUAUUCAGAAUGUGUGGUUGUGUGACAACUGUUUUUAUAACAAAAGUUAAUUGGUAUUUUAAAUGCUUCAGGCCACUAGAAAAUAUUCUUCUGGGGAAGAAGGGGUUGUGUGAGUGUGUGUGAGAGAGCGUGCGCGCAAAUAAGUUCAAUAGCUGAACACUCGCAUGGGAGCGUGAUAGUUUGAUGCUAUGGAAAGGUGGUUUUGGGCGUCAUUACCAGCAUAUGGAGUGCCAGCGACCUUCAUGAAAGUGAGAAGGUCCUCGGUCACGCCUCUCUUGGGGGGGAAUCACAGGACUAAGGUGGGACAGGUGCUGAGGCCCAGUUAAGCUUCAGAACCUUUUGAGAAGUUGCAGUUGCUGUUAAAUGGAAUAGCUUUUUGGAGCUACAAGCCGUUUUAAAAUGGGAUUUAAAAAGAAAGACUCCCUUGUCUUUCUGUGUGCGUGUUGGGGGAAUGAAUAAAACUGCCGCAUCCUAGACCAUCAGACCGAGAGAUCUUAGCAACUUUAGUAGAUGUCUUCUUUUUUUUCUGCACAUUUUUGUAAAAAAAAAGGAAAGGAAAAAAAUUAAAUGGUAAAAACUAAAAAAAAAUUGGAAAAAAAUUCAGCCUGUUUAAAAUCUGUUAGUGUUUUUCAUGAUUGUAUGUCUUAGUUGCUGUAGAUGGAAAGCUCGAGCAAAACAGAGGCUGUAAAUGUUUUUACAAACUGUAAAACGUUUAAGUGGCCAGUAAAAGAAAAAAAGGGUUUUGCCAUUGAACAUGUAACUGUGUGGUUGUUUACAUCUGUAACUUUCUUUCCUUAACAAUUCUGGCAUAUGUAGGUUGAAAAACUUCCCUUUUUAGAAUAAAUAAUCAUUCGCUUGACUCAACAUCUUUCCGUCGCUGCGCUGACUUCUUAGGUGUUGUCAUUUAAUGCUUUUGGCUCAUUUGUUUUCCCUCCCCCAAUAAAAAAAGCUCAAAGACCAA